AUGUUUGCGUCUCUGCUGCGUCCCAAACGGCAGCGCGAUCAGGUUGAUCAGUCGCCUUUUUCAACGCCUUCUCCAUGGUCGCGUGCCCCGCGCAACAAUCCACGACGCGUCAACAGAUCCGGCGAAAGCAGUGAAGAUGAUGCGCCGGAGCUUCAAGGGAUCGACGAAGAAGACAUGGACGAGGACUGGGAGGGAGAGGAGGAGGAAGACGGCCCACUCGAGUCGACACCUCUCCUGCCCAUGUUCUCUGCGUCGCAUCUGGAUGCUCUGCCCGUUUACAACAUCACUCAUGCUAUCCGUCCUUUGAUUGCCUCCCGCUGCGAAACCACUUUGACAUGGGAUCAACUACGCUCGCCGCAGGUCUCCCAGUUCCUGGUCAAGCCCAUUCUACAGAAAAUCAUGUCCGCCCAGUUCUCACGCGCGACACUCUACGCAUUGAUGGCCAAUUGUCUUCAAUUUGAGAAGGAAAUGCACCUGAGUCCGGGGAAUAGCGGGGCAAAUCAGACACGGGCCAUGGUGAGCGAACUAUUGGCGAUCAAACUGUUGAGGGAAUAUUCGACGCGGGAAUUGAUUGACGCGCUGUCCUACGAGUUCCAUCCCCUUCAGGGUCAGGAUUCUACCACCGCAUUGGCAACAGGUCUUCAGCGAAAACGGGUAGUUGCUGCCCGUGUCUCAUGCUUGGAGGUGGCUAUUCGCGCACAGGCCAAACGAUUCUUGGCCCAUCCAGUCGUGGUGCAGCAAUUGGAAGCUAUUUGGGCUGGAACUGUUGUCUUUCACUCGGCCGCCGACAACCUACAUCGCCGUGCGGAUAGGAAUAUGGACUAUGGGACAUCAAUAGACCGAAAUGGAACCCUCGGAACAGCACCAAGCAAUGGAAUUCUUCGACGCUCAGUGUCCCUCUACAACCCCCGCGACGCGUCUUUAUUCAAAUUGUCAAGAUUGCGGGUGCCACGCUAUCGACAAUUUCUUUCCACGUUGUCCUAUGCAGUGCUCUUAGGGCUGUUUCUAGCAGUGCUGGAACAGCGCAGCCGUAGAAUCACAUCACUCGAGGUUGUGUUUUGGUUCUGGAGUACUGGCUUCAUGCUUGACGAAAUUGUGGGGUUCAAUGAACAGGGAUUCGGUCUCUAUCUAAUGAGCUUUUGGAAUUUGUUCGACUUGGGUAUCCUGCUAUUGCUCUUCGCGUACUAUUGCUUGCGGAUCUACGGUUCAUUCUUGACCUACCCUAGAAGUCAACUCAUCACAGAUCAAGCUUUUGAUGUUCUCGCGGCGACGGCACCCUUGCUGUUCCCUCGAUUAUUUUCCAUCUUGGAUCAUUACCGUUACUUCUCUCAACUGCUUAUUGCAUUUCGAAUCAUGGCAUCUGAUCUCAUUGCAGUCUUUGUUCUCAUUGUCAUUGCUUGCUCCGGCUUUUUUGUCGCAUUCUUAAGCUUUGGUGACAGCAACUCUCCAAAAGUGGUGGCGUAUGGCUUGUUCCAAAUGUUGAUGGGCUUUACGCCUACUGCGUGGGCCAUGUGGGAUGAAUACAAUUUCCUAGGAAAGGCGAUCCUAACGGUCUUCCUAUUCAUUUGUCAUUUCGUCGUCGUCACAAUCUUGAUUACUGUUCUGACGAACUCUUUUAUGAGGAUUGUCCAGAAUGCCAAUCAAGAACAUCAGUUCCUAUUUGCUGUCAACACCAUCUCGAUGGUCAAGUCCGAUGCCUUGUUCUCCUACGUGGCACCGACAAAUGUCAUUGCGUGGCUGGUGACACCGUUCCGAUACCUGAUGCCUUUUCGAGAAUUCAUUCGGCUCAAUCGGACCAUUAUUAAGAUCACCCACCUACCCAUCCUCUUUACAAUCUGCCUCUACGAGAAGACGAUUCUCAGUGCUCAAGUUGUACAGCCAAUUGAUCUGAUCGAGCCGACAGCACCAAAUGUGACUCCGGCUCCUAAGCAAUGGGGCCCUAGUCGAUUCCGUGGUUUUAGCAACAGGGUGUCACGUAUGGUACGAGAACCAUCAGUGGCCACUUAUCAGAAAGAUCAAGCAUUGGAAGAGGUAUUCCGUCGGCCAUACAGUGAUGAUCGAAUUCGAGGUCCACCAAGUACUGUGCACGAACGCCAGACCAACAACGUUAUCAAAGACUGGAUGCAGGAAAUCGGCUCAGGGCCAGCCAACGGUCCCGAUGAGCAGGAUUCUGUCGUUGUGGACCAUCUCGAGAUGAACCCACGACGACCCAAGCUUCCCUUCCGGAGUCAACUUACCACUCGCCCUCGCAAUUUUACGGAAACGACGAGGUCAGUUGCCUCAAAUCCCGAAGAUCGAUUGAGUCGGGUUGCAAGCCCCAUGAUGCGGCCUCGACGCACAAGACCUGGCUCGCCUGGUCACAGACGAGCGCCCUCUCACCAUACGGAUAUGGAGGGAGAUGACGAGUUGACCAGCAAUGAUGGAGAUUCAAAUGAUGGUAAACAGUCGGCCCAAGGAUCCAUUGGCAACACCCUAGAUCCGGCGGAGGCCUCCGAAAAGCCCUCGCCUAAGUUCUACAGCUCCCGUCCAUCUACCGCGAGAAUGAUUUCUCGCCGCAAUAGUCCAACCCGUCGUCCCAGACACAAUCGCAAUGCUUCUGGUGUGACUAUGCUGUACAACCCUGUAGGAUCCCCGAACGAAGAAACCGAAGGCCGGACAACGCCUCCCCGACCUAAUGCGGACUCCUCCGACGAGGAUCGAAUCCCUGUUGUCUCCGCUUCAAUGGACCAGCGCACAAUGAAACGACACAUCCUGGACGUUUCUCGACCUCGGAACUCCCCGCUCGCACUCAAUCAGAUGUCCGUCCCAGAAGUGGAUAGCAUCUACCUAUCUGAUCGACAAACAGUGACACGGCCUCGUCCCUCCCUGCUUUUCGAUCUCGGUUCCGACCUAGGGGACAACAAGGCAGUAGCAGGCGGUUUAGGCGGCUUCCCCGGCGCUGUCCCAUCCAGCUUCCAUACACAGAUGGGCUUCGCUGCAGGCUUGCGUCGCGAUAUUCCAAACCAAACCCAAGACAUGCUCAGCAAGCUAGUUCUGGCUCGCAUGAACAACAUCGAAGAAGGAUUCCGCGAAGUCAUCAAAGAAGUCAAAGACCUUCGCCGCAGCGAAUCCAGUCGGAGUCCUAGCCGACCGGAUGAAGCUCGUGGAGCUACACGUGAGAAGAAGAAGCGCGGGGAUAAGAAGGACUCGAAGAAGCGGAGUCACACUUCGCCUGGAAGUUGGGCUGGCAGUGGUGGAGAACCACCCAAGGGAGAGGGAGCUGGCGAUGAUACAUUCCCAUCUACAUAA